CCCUGGGCCUCGGCCCGUCCUCGGAGGAGCAUGGCGCGGAUGAACCGGCCCGCCCCCGUGGAGGUGAGCUACAAGAGCAUGCGCUUCCUGAUCACGCACAACCCCACCAACGCCACCCUCAGCACCUUCAUCGAGGACCUGAAGAAGUACGGGGCCACCACUGUGGUGCGAGUGUGCGAAGUGACCUAUGACAAGGCCCCUCUGGAGAAGGAUGGCAUCACAGUCGUGGACUGGCCGUUUGACGACGGGGCGCCCCCGCCUGGGAAAGUGGUGGAGGAUUGGCUGAGCCUGCUGAAGGCCAAGUUCUGUGAUGACCCCGGCAGCUGUGUGGCCGUUCACUGUGUGGCUGGCCUGGGACGGGCCCCGGUCCUCGUGGCACUGGCUCUCAUCGAGAGCGGGAUGAAGUAUGAAGAUGCCAUCCAGUUCAUCCGACAGAAGCGGCGUGGAGCCAUCAACAGCAAGCAGCUCACCUACCUGGAGAAAUACCGGCCUAAGCAGAGACUGCGGUUCAAGGAGCCGCACACGCACAAGACCAAGUGCUGUGUCAUGUAGCCCGGGGGCUCUGAGCAGGGACCCUGUGCCCCGCUGCCGCCGGCUCGCCUUCUCUCCCGGACCCUCGGCACCCCCCCGUCCCCCGGGUCCAGCUCGCCCUGCGUGCCCCGCCUGUGCCGGCUCCUUCCUCUGUUUCUCCCCAUGUGUCUCCAUGUGCCUGAGUCCUCCGCUCUGGGAACUCCCGCUUCCCUUUGUCCCCACAGCCCUGUCUCUCUGAGGCUUAGUUGGGGCCCCCUUGCCCCUGCCCGCCCACAGGGUCCCCCGGGCAGCUUUCCUCUCAGGCUCAUCUGUCACGGAGCAGGUGUAUUUUUUAGCCACUGGGCCUGACCCUUCCUCCACGG